AUGGUGCUCUCGACUCCAGAAUUAAAGAAAUACAUGGAUAAGAAGCUUUCUGUUUCCAUAAACGGUUCCCGCCUGAUCAUCGGUACGUUAAGAGGCUACGACGUGUUCUUGAACUUGACUUUAAGUGAAUGCGUGCAAGUCAUCCCGGCGCCCAAAGGCAAGACUGAGGGUGAAGAUAGUAAGGAAGAGCAGCUCCAAAUCGGCACGGUCGUGGUGAGGGGCAACUCUAUUGUCAGUGUGGAAGCAUUGGAGAAAAUCUAA